AUGUGGAAAGGUGGGAGGCUUAGAAUAGAGAAGGCAAAGGAACACUUUUUUCUUCGUAUGAAACGUGAGUGGGAAGAAGAUGCUACACUUGCCACUACUUCGACCCAUCUUCCUGUUACUGAAGCUGAAAGGACGGACUCCCUGAAAAGUCAGAAGAAAGGCUCCAAAUUGGAUGAAGCGCAAAUUCGGAUUUACUUCCCAAAAUUAGGAAAGAUUAAACCAGUGUCUCUUAGAGGAACUGGCAAGCAUAAAUGCAGUUUUCAGCGAGUGGAAGUUCCUUCCUUAUCUAUCCAUUUUUGUGAUUGUGAAGAGCACUCUGAUACUACUCAUACGGACAAGCAAAAAUCACUUUGUAAUUAUGACUCAAAGGAUGGUGGAAUGGAUGAGAAAGAGCUGAACAUUAUGAAUUCAGUGUUGAACAGAAUUUUUGAGAGGGAGAACUAUUCUGAGGAAACCCCUAGGGAUUUUAAAUUAUCUAAGAAAGUUCAAAGCUCAAAUGGUACAGUUGAUCAUUUGCAGAAUGACAAGAAUCUAGUCAACCAAGAAAUGGUAGAUGAUGAUAACCUCAUUCUCAAUAUGGUGGCUGGUGCAAACGAUAGAAUGAUUAUGGUAAAAGAUCCAAUCCAGGAAGCAAUGACAGCUAUUCAGGCUAAUGAAGAUUUUGUUGACCAAGAAAUGGAUAACGAUGAUGACAACCUUAUUAUCAAUGUAGUGGCAGGAUAG